AUGGGGGCGGGUUCAAAAGCGAGUGGAAGCCAUCUUGGACAGUUAGUUGACAAGCCUAUUUCGUAGUCAGCUAAAAAAUUGAGAACACCUUACAAACACCGCAUAGAGAACCGGUAAUUUCAGCUAACCAAGGGUUGGAGAAACCUGAUAAAGGACGCAGCGGCUCUGUGAAGCUAAACAAGAUGGCUAGCUGAAGAGUCUGCCAGUACUUGAAAGCUAGAUCAGCCCUUCUGGUGUAUGGUUUUCCAUAUGGCAAUGGCAGAUAAUUCCAUCUAUGCUAAAUCCUAAUUAAAAAAAAUAAGAAGAGGAAUUUGUUAUUUUUUACACUUGAGUAGUGCUGUACUGUUGAGGAACCUGCUGAGACAAACACGAUUUGAACAAUUUACAUUUGGAUAAUUAUUGAAGUCUUGAGAGGGAAGGACAAUCUUAAGUAUUGAGUGGUCCCAGCAGAGCGGACUCGCUGCAUCUAGAGACUGAUAGAUACCUCAUUGCUACUGGAAGAAGAAAGCAUAGCAAACAUGAGUACCGCCAGGACAGAGAACCCAAUGAUUUUGGGCUUGUCCAACCAGAAUGGACAGCUCCGAGGUUCAGUGAAGACUGCUGGAGCGCCAGGUGGAGGUGUGGGAGGCCCUCAACAGCAGCUCAAUCAGAUGAAAGGCACAAUCAACAAUGGCAAUUCCCUACCAGCCCCUACAACCAAGCUUGGAGAUGACUGGAAGAAAAAUUUGAAAUUGCCCCCAAAAGACACGAGGAUGAGAACAUCGGAUGUGACUGCAACGAAAGGCAACGAGUUUGAAGAUUACUGCCUAAAGAGGGAGCUGCUAAUGGGGAUCUUUGAGAUGGGCUGGGAAAAGCCCUCUCCAAUCCAGGAGGAAAGCAUUCCCAUCGCACUGUCAGGAAGAGAUAUCUUGGCCAGAGCCAAGAACGGCACAGGGAAGAGUGGAGCCUACCUCAUUCCCUUACUUGAACGCAUUGACCUGAAGAGGGACUGCAUACAAGCUAUGGUCAUAGUACCCACCAGAGAACUGGCUCUGCAAGUUAGCCAAAUAAGUAUCCAGGUCAGCAAACACAUGGGUGGAGUGAAGGUAAUGGCGACCACAGGUGGAACCAACCUCCGCGACGACAUCAUGAGACUUGAUGAAACGGUACAUGUGGUCAUUGCUACUCCUGGGAGGAUUUUGGACCUCAUCAAGAAAGGAGUGGCCAAAGUCAAUCAAGUGCACAUGGUCGUUCUGGAUGAAGCUGACAAACUCCUGUCUCAGGACUUUGUGUCCAUGAUGGAGGAGAUGCUGGGCUUCCUGGCCAAACGGAGGCAGAUCCUGCUUUACUCUGCUACCUUUCCUCUCAGCGUGCAGAAGUUUAUGAACGCACACUUGCAGAAACCCUAUGAGAUCAACCUGAUGGAGGAGCUUACACUGAAGGGUGUGACUCAGUAUUAUGCUUAUGUAACUGAAAGGCAAAAGGUCCAUUGCCUUAACACCUUGUUCUCCAGGCUCCAGAUCAACCAGUCUAUAAUCUUCUGCAACUCCUCUCAGCGAGUAGAGCUCCUUGCCAAGAAGAUCUCCCAGCUCGGUUAUUCAUGUUUCUACAUUCAUGCCAAGAUGAGACAGGAGCAUCGCAACCGUGUGUUCCACGACUUCAGAAACGGCCUCUGCCGGAAUCUUGUCUGCACUGACCUCUUCACAAGAGGAAUUGACAUUCAAGCUGUGAAUGUUGUGAUCAAUUUCGACUUUCCCAAGCUGGGAGAAACGUACCUUCAUCGCAUCGGUAGAUCUGGCCGAUUUGGACACUUGGGUCUGGCCAUCAACCUCAUCACCUACGAUGACCGCUUCAACCUGAAGGGGAUCGAGGAGCAGCUCGGCACAGAGAUCAAGCCCAUCCCCGGCAUCAUCGACAAGAGCUUAUACGUGGCAGAGUACCACAGCGAGAGUGGCGAAGAAAUCAAGCCAUGAGCCAAUCAGUCCAUCCUCCAUUCCCCUUUUGUAUCUUUUUUUUCACCCCCCCCCCCCCCCCCGUCUUGGAGUUCUCUUGUUUUAGUUUUUUUAUGUACAGUUUCUGUCUGUGUUCCUCUUCUGGAUGCCACCAUAAGGAAUGUGUAUUUUGAUGGACGCGUUUCGGAAGAACUCAUUUGCCUUUUUGAUAGGGCUCAGAGCUGCUCCACCACACCCUGAAGACACGAGCACCUGGAGGAAAGCAUGGGACCAAGUCGAGAAAAAAAAAUAUCAAUGCACAUCGUGAAGAUUCAUAUCCACCAAUGACACAAAGCCAGCACCAACAGACCGCUAUACGACACCCUCCAUUCUCCACGUUUUAUUUUGAAAGUUUUAACCAAUUUGUAUCAAGUGCCUUAACAAGCAGUUCAACUCGUUCUAAAGUAAUAACCCCUCAUUAUCCUUCAUCUUGAUCACUUCAUGCCACACACUCACGGUCACCUAAUUGAGAAAUGGCUACACUAAUUUACACAUAGGUGAAAUCAUAACUGUUUUUUGGUUGGGUCAUACGUUUGCAAGGAAUGGAGAUAUGUGGGAGGGAAGCCGGUCGGAUUUAUCUUUUAGCUGGCUUAGCUGCACUUGAGUCUGGCUGAUAAAUGAGGACACACUUGGAUGUUCCAUGGACAGAGAUGCUGGAUGUUUCCCAAGAGACAGCCAGACUUGUCCGGUCACUUGGAAGGAGCUUGUGCUUCUAAAAGACCCAGAGCCUUUCCUCCGUCUUCAGCGUCAGAACACUAAAAAUGAAUGAGCAGCCUCUCAACACCACGAGUCAUGAGGAUUCCUGUUUCGGCGGAGUUUAAUCGUAGGGAACGCUUUUGGUUUUUGUUUUUUCUUUGCCCUGUGUUUCACCUUCCUAUGGAUGGCCAUACUUAAUUCUACGAGACGUGCAGCGGACAUGUUGGCUGCACUUUACUCCUUGUGUAUAUACCUUCAUUUUAAGAUUGUUUUAAAACGAGUUCAAAAGGCUGGCUACAAACUGAAGAGCUUUUUUCUUUUCCUCCCCUUUCUCUCUUGUUAGCACUGGAGACUGUUUCCUUUUUACUGCCGGUUUGUUUGAUCUGCAAUGUUGGCCUGUGAAUUUAUUUAUCAUUUUAGAAAGUGCAGAAUUUAUUAGAAUCUAAAACAUUGAAAUGACCUUGUGCAUGGAAUGUUUCAGGAGGCAGAGUUCAUCACUGAUAAUCUUUGUAGCGCCUCAACAUUUGAAGGAGAGUGCAAUUGUUCAAAGCACUUAAAAUGAGAUUGUUUAAAUUGUCGCCCUUUUUCUCCUGCUACCAGUAUUAACAAGAGUUUGGUCUAGACGGAUGGCUUUGUUGAGCAUUCGAGUAAUGAAUUAUUUGUUUGUCCUCAGCCUUAACUUGUGAAACACUCUCAAGCACACUCUGAAGAUCUGCAGUUAUAGAGAGUUGUUAUUGGAAGAGAACAUCAUAUUCUAUCAUGUAGUAGUAGUAGUACUACUCGCUGCAGGGCAGCUGAAUUUGAACAGAAUAAGUUUUCUGGGGAGGUAUUAUCUGUUACGUUGAUCUAUGUGCUCUUCAUGCACGGCUACAUUGCUUCACACAUGUUGAGCAGGGAGCCGUGGAUUCAUUUCCCCUUGUUGACGAAUGUUAGCCGAAUGCAUCAAAACAAACUAUCUGACUAAAAUGUAGCAGAAAUGUAAUCUCUGUGCAUCGCAAGUUAGCUGGCUUUCUAAAAGAAAAGAAGCCUCGUUAAACAACCGGAGCAGGUUGAGCUGCACUUGGCGCACAGAGAGACGUUCAGGAAAUACACUGACUGCACCGCUUUUAAAGCCCAUCAUGCCCAAAUGGGAACUGGUGCAGAACAAAGGGGGAUGGGCAAGAAGAAUGACAUGUUACUGUUAGUCGGAACGAAAGAAAACCCUGAGCACCUCAGACUGCUGAGUUUAUGGCUUAUUUCUCUAUUGCUUUGACAUUUGGGCUUUUGGUUAGUUUGUUUUUAUGCAGCAUAACCUACUUUGCAUUAAGAUCAUCUGGACACCUGUUUGCAAACUGGGUUCCCCUUGUUAUGGUGAGAUGCUUUCCAACUGUUCUAAUCAAUGAGAAGUAGUAUUGCACAUUUAAUUUAAGCUCUUUUAAAAUGUACCAGUGUGACGAUGUUCAGUUUAAAAUUCCCUUUUUAUUUCUCAUUGGUUAGGACUGAUCCCUGUUCUCUCAGCGUUGUCGUCCCUUAAAUACAUACCCAUCUAAUUUGGCUGUUUGGGGUUAGGGGGAGGGCUGUUUGAAAACAAUAUUCAAAUGUAAAUGACGCAUUCGUUGAGAGAACCGGGAUCUAACUGCACAGGCGUUUGGCAGCUGCCUGUCUCUGUGGCCCACCGGCAGUAACGGCAAAGCAAACGCCUCCAGGGCGUAACUUGGUAAUCCUUCAAGAUUUAGUGUAUUGCUACUUUUUGAUUGGAUGCUGCAUUACUGCCAGUGGCUGCCACUCUGAGAACCUUAAAGACUGAGACAAGAGCAUCUCGCCCCAGAUCGGGCGCCUCAAUUUGAUAGUUUUCUGUAACUAAAUUGUCUCAUUCUUUAAGGAAUUGUUUUAAAUUUGUGGGGUGGUUUAAAUUCGAGCUCUUGCUGCCCUGAUGCACAGGUUUAUCCUCUUUUGAGAUUCCCAACAAAUUUACAAAAAAACACACUUUUUGUGUACAUUUUGGCCAACCCAUCACUUAUUUUAGCGAAAAUGAGAGGACUGCUUUCAAACUGAUGCAUCAGUAAAACAAAUUGGGGAGGGAGGGGCUUUGGGCCGUACAAAAAACGAGAUAUGAUCUUAAGAUCCAGAGUUACGGUUAUAGGUUAAAAACGUUUUGAAAAAGUUGCCCUUAAAUUUGGAUUUUUGUAUUUUCUUUCAACUGAAACGUUCAAGAAGUAGAGUUAACCUUACUUAAAACAAAAAAUCUCCAAAUUUAAGUGAAGAAUUUAAAGCCUGCGUUAAUCUUUUUUUCAUUUAUUUGAUGGAAAUUUGGUCGUUAUUCAAUUGGAACAUUUUCUUUUCAGUGAAGCAUUUUAAAAUGGAUUUGAGUUUAAAAAGGAUGUUAUCAAUAUUGUUGGAAACAAUUGAAAGUUAUGUUGAAAAUAAAGCUCACUGAAAGGUA